GAGAGCGCUUUACUUAAUAUGGGAUAAGAAGCCCGAUAAAAAGGGGAACAGUCCUCAACAACUUUAAACCCUUGUAGAUUGAGAGAACUGUGCUUUACCUGUAACACCCUGAUAUCAACUGCUAUUAGCCAUGGAGAACACCAAGAUGUGUCCUUUAAUCUUUGCUCUCGCUGUGAUGUCGUCUUGUUUAAUGGUUACUUGGUGCCAGUCUUGCGGAACAAAAGCGUAUGGAGGUUCACCACAACUGGAAUUCUACGCCACUAAACUGGGAGAGCCCUCUCGUCCUCAAGAUACGAAUCGUUUCUUUAAUUCUGUCACUGUUCAUCGAGGCUCGAGCAUCACUUUAACAUGUACUGCAACAGAACCGCUUGGUUUCCCAUCGAGGCUUGAACCUUAUUUACGGCCAUAUGUCAUAAAUUGGUUCGUGAAUUCGUCCACGAUCCAGGUAUCAAAUUGUGACGAGAAGCCCCGCAAAACGAAAACAUGCUUGCUGUCAUUGGUCAAUGUCAAACCACGUGACAAUGGAAAGUACUUCUGCCAGGCAGCCAACGAACUCGGAUGCACCUACAAGCAGCUGCACCUAAAAGUCACUGACGGUGAACGUCCUGAUCUUAGGAUUGGCAGAAUUGUUAGUCGCCAAGGAAAUAUUUCCAAGAAGUUCAAACUGAGAGCCUGAUGGUUUUUCCUCUUUUUCUUAACACUUUCAUUUGAUGGGGCAUUUUGUAAACCUUAAAAUAAUUUUUGGUAUAUUAAACUGUAGUACUAAAUGCAAUGUCUUGCUACCGCCUUUGCUCGUUUUUAUUUCGUUUUGUUCAGUUUUCCUGUUUGAAGCCAUAUAAUGUAUGUACGCGCGAACGUUUUUGGCAAGAAAUAAUUUGAGAGAAAUGAGGUGCCCGUGGUAGCUCUCUGUUAAACCAUCAAAUUAGGGAUUUCUUAUUUCUGGCUUCUUUAAUAUCCCCUCAUAAAUUUCUUUAUCCGGAAUGUCAUCAAACAGUGCAAUAUGAAAUACCAGAAUGAAAUAAAUUCACCUUAUCUCUUGGUUUAACAUGCAAUAUUCGCGUAUAUUUUGCGAGUUACGCAGUAAACUACGAGAAAUGACAAAAAUCUCGGCUCGUAAUAUUUGUGAAACCAUCGAAUAUGGAAUUUAUUAUCCAUUAUUAUGUAAUUUUCUAGUAUGCCAGCUCCUAGUUUUUGAAAUACAUCCUGCAUCAUCCGAAAAUUGUACCGAUCGCAUAAGGUGCGUGGGAUUAACGAAAGCAAAAUACGUCUUGACCUAUUAUGGUAAAAUGACGUAAUAUUGUCUACGAGACCUAUUGCGUGUCUACGAGAGGUAUUGUCAAAUGACAUAAUAUUGCAGCAACGAAACUGUACAUUCAUUGGCGAUUUUCAGUUUUCUUCCUUGCUCUAAAGGAGAGCGCUUUGUUGUAAAUGGCGCAUCUUCGGAAAAAUAUCAAUAAUAAUAGGGGAUUGUUCAGCUUUAUCACGUGUUUACACAUAGCAUUAAAUAUCACGAAAACCGA